UACACAUGAAUAUGUGUGUGAUUCGUUUCUCGCGAUUGAAAACUAAACGAAAGCCAAGAAAAUAUAAACUUGAAUAUAUGAGCAUACAUAGAGAGACCGAAGCGAUGUUCAUAUGAGUAGGGAACAAAAAAAAGUACAAAUAAACGACAUACAAAUCACUCAAAAAUUCGCCGUGUGUGAGAGAGUUCAGUACUAAAACAACAUUCAUGCACACACACACACACACACACGCACGCAACUCACACAUAUGCCGAACGAACACACAGGAUCUUUCUUUUCAAUUUCAUUUCAGUUUUAGUUCCAUCCGUACGUGUGCCUAUAUCAUUUCAUAUUGAGUUCAUGCCAUGAUUCGAUUUUUUUUCUUUUUUUUCUCUCGCUCACUGUUGUUUGUUUGAUAGUAUAGCGUACGUUUUUCUAUUAUGAGCAGCUCUUUGUCAAUUGUGCAUGAUGGUGAUGAGCCAACAUCGUAAUGGCGGCGCUACUUAAAAUAUCAAUUAUAAAUGCCCAACUUUGAUUUGAAUUAUUUAUACAAUGGCAAUCUUUGAAAUGAAUUCAACGAUUUUAAUGGAACCUCUCUUUUAAGCUCCAUGGCCAGUAUGAUGAUGAUGAGGUGGAUUUGUGUUAAAUUCGGGCGAAAAAUGCCAAUUAAAAACAAAAGAUUGCAAUGACGGCAAAGGGGGCCAUCGAUUUAAGGGAAAAUUACAUGUGUUCAUGUAGUUGUGUGUGAUCAAAAUUGAAUGAGAGUGAGAGAGAGUGGUACAGCCAUACAAAAACACCGCAUAGCAUUGAACGAUACACUGCUUCACUGUUGAUUAAAUGGAACUAUACACAAAUACACGGAUAAACGCACACAUCAAUAAAAUACAACUUAUUAGUACAAAUAUGACUAGUCAAAGUGUUGCCACACAUCACAAAUUCACAUGUCCAUUCAAAACAUAUUCGCUGGUGUUGAUUUCGCGUCGGAAGUACUAUUUUCAAAAAUGACCACCGCCAUGCAUUUGAUUGAGUGAUUUGAUCUGAGAAAAUGCAGUUUUCAUUUGAAAAACUUAUUAUUUUCCAUCAUUUUAUCCCCAAUGCAACUUCCAUGAGUCCAUUUGACUGAAAAAAAAAAUGACGGAUUUUCCCAUUCAGAAUCCAAUUUGCUGUUUCAUUUUCAAUAAUAAUUCGUUGACAUUUAGCUAUCAAAGCUAGCAUUUGAGUAGUGGUGAAAAACACACUGUGUGUAUGACAGUUGAACUGUCACUUUCUCAAAACUAAGGUUAUGCGAAUGUUUUCGCAAUUUUUGUGCUCAGAAUCAAAAUAAACGGACGAUUCUCGUGAUUUUAGUUGUUAACAAUGUUUAGAACGGGAGUGCUUCGAUUGAUUCGUACCGCAAACAUACGCUCGUAUCGUCCGAUUUCGACCAGUUUGUGGCGUACCAAUUCGCACAAUGAACGAAAACCAUUGCCAACAGUUGACGAUUUAUUCGGAAAGGAUCGACGACCGAUUGAACCGCUCGCCGAGGAUCCGAUCAUUGUGAAAAAGUUCUUUGUCAGUGAAGUGGAUAGGGAACAAAUGUUGUAUCCAGAAGUGAUAUCAAGAGAUGAACUGGAUGCAUUGAUCAAACUAAAUCAGAAUGUAUCUGACUACAUUGAGACAAGUAUUGAAUUUGAUGGCAAAGGCAUAAGUAAUUCAGUGCAUGAAGCAUUCAAACAAAUGGGAUUGUACGGUUACAAUGUGCCGCAAGAGUUUGGAGGCCGAGGAUAUAUUCAUACGCAAACGAUAAUGACUGGUGAAGCUGAAGGGCAAAAUAUCAAUGUUGCCAUUGCGUUGAACGCUCAUCGUUUGGUAUGCGAAGCAAUCAAUGAAUUUGCCACCAAUGAACAACGAUCCAAAUACUUACCAAAGCUAGCCAAAGGCGAAUCAGUUGCAACCACCGCUUUUCAAGAAUGGACCAGAGAAGAUAUCGUUGCCAAUAGAACAACGGCUGAAUACGAUGCUAAUAAACAACAAUGGCGUUUAAAUGGCACCAAAUCAUUUGUUGUCAAUGCAGCGAAAGCGAAUUUGUUCAUGGUUGCAGCAUUCGUGCCUCAAAGCCAAAAAACAGAUUCGCUGUCCAUUUUCUUAGUUGAUGCCAGCCUACCCGGCGUUUCAGUUCACAAGAAAGACAAUACAAUCGGACACACGGAUCUUUAUCAGGCUGAUGUUUCAUUUAAGGACAUUUACUUGACACCAGAUUCAAUGCUCUCAACACCCGGAUCGGGUCGUCACAUUGAACGAACCACAAUGUUUCUAUCGCGAUUACAACAAAGUGUUCUGAAUAUGGUGCAAAUGAAAGCGAUUGCUAAACACAUGCUCGACAUGGUCGAUUCAGUGGAACAACAGAAACGAAUCCUCAACCCCGAAGGUACAUCAUUCGAAGAUAGUUCACUGCGAUUGGAGGCAUCAAAAGGUAUAUCAAGUAUUUAUGCUGUUGAAAGUAUGCUCUAUAUGACUGCUGGAUUGAUGGAUCUGUACAAGAAUACCAACAUUGAGGUGGAAUCAGCCAUUCUUAAAACCUAUUCACAAGAUAAGCUACUCUCAAUGGCGAUGAGCUUGUCGAAUUUCAUCGACACACCGGCCACACUUGAAGAGCAUCCUCUGAAUCGGUUAAUCCGAGAUGCAGUGCAAUUGCAAACAUUUGGCGAGCCAAAGGAUAUUUUGAAACUAUACAUUGGUGUUGCGGGCAUUCAACAUAGUGGGGAUCGUCUCUUUGAUGACGUGAGAAAAAAGCGAAAUCCCUUCAUGAAUCCGGAGUAUGCGUUCCGUAGUUUUUGGAAGCAAGAAACAAUGGAAGAAUAUGAGUCAGAUUUAAAUUUGCAUGAGCACGUUGUAACGGAAUUCGAUCGACAUGCCGGUUGGUUGGAGGCAUCAAUACAGCGUCUUCGUAUCGGUGCAAAUAUCUUAAUGACAGCACAUGGUCGCAAUCUUUUCAACGAACAUCAUGAAAUUCAGCGGCUGGCUGAAACAGUCACAUACAUUUAUGCAUCGUUUGCAUGUUUGGUGCGUGCAAAUCGGUCGUGGAUCUUAAAAUUGCCCGAAGCUGAAAAUGAACGUGUGCUGGCUGGUUGCUGCUGUGAUACGAAUACAAAGUAUAUAAAAGAGCUCAUGGAACACAUUGAAUCCGGUCCAAUGGAUCCACUUGACAAACACUAUCAAACAGUAGCAAAAGAAUUAUUGAAAGCAAAAGCAUAUUUCCCCGUGCAUGCGUUGAGUCGUUUCUUGUAGAUUUAAUCAAUUUUGUUGAAACACUGAAGAAAAAUAAAUCUUAUCAAUUUUGGAAAGUAA